UACUUAACAAACAUAAAACAGUCGCGAUAAAUACAGAACCUCGGGUCACGAUUAUCAGUAUAUACCCAUGUAGAGCGAGUUAAAAAAAGUUUGGAUUAAGCUUAUGUAAAACGCAAUAGUUACAUCAAUGGAAUAAAAAUAUAUAAUUGUUAGUUUUUACAUAUAGACAGAAAAGGAAAUAUUAACAAAAUGUAUUUAUUGAAAAGGAUACAAACAUUUAUUUCAGUUGUAAUCGGAGUGAUUGUAUAUCAUGGACACACAGUAUUGGGUAAUCACCGGGAUGUGUGUGACGUGUACGGACAGACAUACACAUACUGUGAUCACGGUUACCACUGCUGUAAUGAUAAUACCGAAUGUUGCGCUGACGGCCUGUCCGCCGGUACGGUGGUCGGCAUUGUGUUUGCAGUUCUGUUUGUGAUUUCAAUUUGUGUGGUCUGUGCUAUCUUAGUCACAAAAAAGAAAAAGUUUAGACCAAAUCAACUUGUACGACCAGGUAAUCAACAAAAUAUAAAUAUAUCAACAGUUGGUCAAUCAAACAACAUGUAUUCAGGAUUUGGAACACAACCGCGUGGACAAAAUUACCUUAACGGUCAGUUUUACCCAUAUGGACAGCCACCGUGUGGGCAACCGGUGCCUUAUGGACAAGGCCCAGUACAGCCACCGCCGUACAGUCAAAACGAUACGUCAGCUUAUCCUCCACCGCCGGAGUAUAAACUAGAACCCUAACAACGGACAAUCAAAAAUCAUAUCUUUAUUUCUUUAAGGUAGUGGACCUGUGAUGACACUCGGCAAUUUCUGAUGAUCACGUACUCCCGCGAUGCAAAUCGGCAUUCCUCGGGAACGCAAACACGACUUUCCGUAAAAAACCGGGGUGUGCCGAAAUUGCAUGCUGAUAAUACGCAAGUUGCAAAGUAUUAUUAUGGCUUCGCUACCUUAAUAUACCUUAUCUGUGAUAAACCGAUUUAAGAAUUUGAUUUUUUUCCGCUAAAUACUAGUACUUGCAAAUUAUUGUCAACCAGAAUAUUGACUUUCGUAAAGGGGCUAAAUCAUUUGUGGCCCCUUUUCAGGUGCCUUCAAUUAUUGUUGUGUUUGUUUUACUCAUUAUUUCUCAUUACGCAUCAAUAGAAAAAAUAUGACAAUUUAAAAUAUCUUUUUGUUCAGUUUCGACCAAUCUUCGAAUGAGAUUUUACCCAGGUAUAGGAAUAUUUGUACCUUUCUUUUCUGAUAAAAAGCAAACUAAGUUCAAGCUAGACUUUCCUCGUACAUUACUGAACGUUCGUCAGCCUUCAAGAAAGAUGACUUCUUUGUUCUCUACACGACAAUCAAAGUUCAUAUUUGUUUCCGCCAUCCAUUUACGCAUUUAAUGGUUUUGAACUCGCAUAUUAUUUGUAUGGAUAGUAUUUGUAUGGAACAGUGUCUUUCAUUUAAAUAAAAAGAAUUAUUGUUU